UACGCAUGCGUUCAUAUUUAUUGUCUGUGUGUCGAUUUUAUAUUCAGACGGCGUGAAGCAAUUUCUGCAGACUGCGUAUUUAUCGGUCGGUAAAACAUUACAAAAUGCUUUCUGUGCUACGCGCUUCGACAUCUGUUUUGCCAAGGGCCAAGGCAUCAUUACCAGUACUUUCUUCAUUUAUCAGACAUGUACAUGCUGAUAAUACUGAUCUCAAAGAUGAAUUACGUUCCUUAAUUCUAAAACAGUCUGAGGAUGUACGAGAAUUUCGUCAAAAACAUGGCAACAAAGUUGUGGGAGAAGUCACCAUUGAUAUGAUGUAUGGUGGUAUGCGUGGUAUUAAAGGCCUUAUCUGCGAGACGUCUGUACUGGAUCCAGAUGAAGGUAUUCGUUUCCGUGGACACAGCAUCCCAGAUUGUCAACUGGCAUUGCCAAAAGUAGCUCGUGGUGAGGAACCAUUACCGGAAGGUUUGUUCUGGCUGCUAGUGACCGGUGAAGUGCCUACUGAUGAUCAGGUCAAAGCUAUUUCUAGAGAAUGGGCAAAAAGAGCUGAUUUGCCCUCACAUGUUGUUACUAUGCUGAAUAACUUUCCUUCCACUGUGCAUCCAAUGGCACAGUUAAGUGCAGCACUUACAACACUUAGUAGUCAAAGUCAUUUUGCUAAGGCAUACGCAGAGGGCAAACCUAAGAAAUUAUAUUGGGAGUUUGUGUAUGAAGAUGCAAUGGAUUUAAUCGGUAAACUACCAACUAUAGCUGCUACUAUUUAUCGUAAUUUAUUCCGUGAUGGUUCACCAGUUUGUCCUAUUGAUGUUAAAAAAGACUGGUCUUGGAAUUUCACUGAUAUGCUGGGAUAUGAUGAUCCUAUGUUUACAGAACUGAUGAGAAUGUAUUUGACAAUCCAUAGUGAUCAUGAAGGUGGUAAUGUGAGUGCACAUGCAUGUCAUCUAGUUGGCAGUGCGCUGUCAGAUCCAUAUCUCUCGUAUGCAGCUGGUCUAAAUGGUCUAGCUGGUCCACUUCAUGGCUUAGCAAACCAGGAAGUGCUCUUGUGGUUGACCAAGCUUCAACAAGAUAUUGGAGUUGAUGUGUCUGAUGAGGAGAUGCAUGCUUUUAUCUGGGAUACUCUUCAGUCUGGACAGGUUGUUCCUGGUUAUGGUCAUGCUGUGCUGAGAAAGACAGAUCCACGUUAUUUGGUACAACGCGAGUUUGCUUUGAAACAUCUCCCAGAAAAUAAACUAUUCCGUCUUGUAUCACAACUGUACAAAAUUGUUCCAGACAUCUUGAUCGAACAAGGGAAAGCCAAGAAUCCAUGGCCCAAUGUGGAUGCUCAUAGUGGUGUAUUACUCACACAUUAUGGUAUGACAGAGAUGAGUUAUUAUACUGUACUGUUUGGAGUCUCUCGUGCACUUGGUUGCAUGGCAUCAAUGAUUUGGUCAAGAGCAUUGGGCUUCCCAAUUGAACGUCCCAAGUCAAUGAGUACAGCAGGUCUUAAAAAACUUUGCAAUACAAACUAGGAAUUAACUAUAUUUUGUAAUUAUUCAAAUGAAAAUAAUUAAAUUGAGAAAAUAACAAAAUACAGUGUACUGUUGUUGUACAACAUAGCAUAGCUUUGAUGUGAAUAAAUUGUAUUGGUAUUCAAUCCAAAAGGCUUACAAUCCCUGCGAAGUAUCAGAAUAUUGUUUUUGACCUGUCUAUCCCCAUCAUCUGCAUACAUUAGAAGCCUAAGAAUAGUGUGUAUAUAUGUUUUAAAUUUCAUUUUUACAACUCAUCAUGUAAAUCCACUACAUUGGGAAAAGAUUGCCAAGCAUGUCAGAAAUAAAUGUCUUGUAGAUUACCAUGGCUGAAACAAUAUCAGGAUUUGGUAGUCAUUUUGAUGUGUUGGAUUUACAUGUUUGGAUUUAUUUCUGGUUCAUUGUAAUUUUUUUUAACUAGUACCAGGUAGUAUUAUCACUAUACAUACAAUGUAUAUACUGAUUGAGGUCAGUCUAAAAUAGUUUUAGCUUUGUAUUGUAUUUAUUGAGUGGCAUGUAACAAAUUUGAAAGUAUACUGAAAUAUUGAUUACCGGUAAUACACAACUGUCAAAUAAGUAUUCAAGAACGCACAAAGUUAGUAGAAUGUAUCAUCAAUUAUUGGGAUUUUCCGUCACUUUAACAAUAUAUGCAUAUUGAAGUGUUCUACUGAUUUUUUGUUACUGGUGCUACAAGCAAAUGGAUGUUGACCCGUUAUCACAGUAUCGGGAAAAAUUGAGUUUGCCCAGCAGUUCCACAUUUUAAACAGAUAUCCCAGAUGGAUUUGUAGUGCCUUUUGUUUUAAACUAAUAGAUGCAUGUACCUGCAUUUUCAUCAGUUGAUGUAUGUUUUGCUCAUGACUUGCUGUUCAUUGAUUUUCAUUUGUUUUCAAAUAAAUUACCAGGUAGUAGGCCAGGCAGGUUGAAAAAAAAAUUGCUAUUUUGCUGAUGUUAGUUAUAAGUUAUACAAAAAUAUUUGUUUGUUGUUGAAAAUACUUUACUUUGGUUUUCAGUAAAACAAUAUUACUAUGAA